AAGAAGAAAGAAGCACCGCGGCGGAACACACGGCUGGUCGCUAGCCGAGGAGAGAGGGCAGCAUGGCGGGGCUACAGGACCACCACCCGGGCGGCCACUGGCACCGGAAGACCUGGAUCAAUGUACUACUGGGAAUACUGCAAUUACUUUUACCGUUUAGCGUGCAGCACGGAGGGGCGCAGCUGCAAGCUCUGAGUCAGAUGUCCACCGGCGUGGUCGAGGUCUGGACGCCGGAGGAUGCAGAGCCACUGGCCCCGCUUCAGGUGGAGAGGGAGCGGAAAAAAGACGGUCUUCCUCUAGAAGACAGCUCCUCUCCAUACAUGCUUGAGAAUGGGAGGCCCUUACAUUUUCAGCCCCCAGCGUUGGAGUUCGGGACGCAACCGCUGGGGCUGCCAAGAGCUGAAACCAUAUAUAUACACAACCCCAGCCAGGAAGUUCCUGUGACACUGCUGUCAAUGUUUACAUCCAGCAGGCAUUUUUACAUACCUUCCUUUCACAGAAGAGUGAUCCCACCCAGAGGGAAGGCAUCUUUUAAACUAAUUUUCCUCCCGUCUGAGGAGGGCAAUGUAGAAAACACAUUAUUUAUAAACACAUCGGCCCAUGGGCUGCUGUCAUACCAGAUUUUUGGUGCAGGAGUUCACUCGGGGUCAUUAAAAUCCACCCAAAGAAAGGAUAGUCAGCUAAUAUUCCCUCACAUCCAGAGCAUUAAGCUGACCCAAACUCAGGAAGAUGCCUCCAACAUCACUAUUGUGGGUCUACUCCUGGAGUGCAGCUUACCCAAGAGUCUGUUUAACAAUCCUCAGGGGUCCUGCCUCCAGAGUGAGGAGCGCCUCAGUCUGCAGAUUAAUCUGUCGGCGCGUGGUGACCGGCCCACUGACCUGGACAAGCUCAAGCCCUACGUCAUUGAGCAUAUUCUGGUGCUUCUGGUGGCCCCCACUGCUGGACAGGCUGCAGAAGGGGAACCAAAUAUAGGAGUGUAUUUGUUAAAUGCUGGAGGCAAGAAGCUCUAUGUAAAGGAAAUGCAGGUGCUAUCAAAAGGGGAAGUCAGCCUAGAACUGAAUCAGGUUCCUCUGAGACCAGAGGCAAAAAACUUCACUGAAGUUGCCACCCUUGGCUGCAGAGGUUCACUGCCAGGCCACGGAAGAAAAUGCACAAGUCAUAUUGGUUUAAAGAUUCUGGGAGACAGGACAACCUACAGCUUCCCUGGCCUACAUAUCACACACAGCCUGUUCCAGGUGAAACAAAGAGAGGCCGACCUGGUGGACGUGUGGAUGACGAACACCCUCCUGCUCCCGCUCACUGUGAUGAAGGCCAGCCUCUCACAGAAGCUUCAGGGAGUAAUGAAGGUGAUGAACUUCAGCGGCCCCCUGACAGUUCCCCAGGGCUGCUGGAGGAUCCUGUCCCUCCAGCUGCUCAGCAGGGAGCUGCCAGUCGAUCAGCUGGCCUCCCUGAAGCUGGAAACCAGCCUCGGCUCCGCUCUGCACGUCCCCCUCCUCUUUCACUCUACUCCCUCCAAGCAGGGGAAGGUGGUGCUGGAGGCGGAGCGAGAGUGUGGGCGACCUUGCCCACUCAGAUUGUCUGAAACAGGUCAUUCAGAGUGGCAGCGUUCUCUCCUCCCAGACUUUCACCUCUCGUCCUGGGCGGUCGACAGCAAACUGGCAGCUGAGCUCUGCUCCCGAUGGCAGAACCACAAAGACAAACUGCCUUGCAGGUGGCCCAGACUCCCUGUGGAGACGUCUGCUGCUCUGGACUUUGGUGCUACACCAGUCAAUGAGAGCAAGGUGAAGACCUUCAUGCUGAAGAAUCCCUCCUCUUCUGUGGUCUCUGUAGAAAUUAGAAUCCUCUCCCUGUAUCCGGCCCCUUUAGAGGCUCUGGACCUCCUGACCAAGUGGUUUAAUAUCAGCCCCCUCUCUGUCAACAUCAGCACCACCGAGUUUUCUCUGUCAGCUUCUCCCCCAAAGGCGAGUGAAAAUAUCGAGACUAUGUCACAAAAGGGGGUCCUACGUCUGCUGCUGCAGCCCUGGGAGGCCAGAGAGGUCGCUGUGGUCUUCACUCCAACCGAACACAAACCCACCACGACCAUUCUCGUCAUCAGGAACAACCUGACGGUGUUCGACAUGGUGACGGUUCAGGGCCACGGGGCCAAAGAGCUGCUCCGAAUAGGAGGGAAGCUCCCGGGCCUGGGAGCCUCACUGCGCUUCAACGUCCCUCAGUCAACCCUGAUGGAGUGUCGCGAUGGUCUGCGCACCAACAGGCCGCUGUUCGCCAUCAGAAAAAGCUUCAAAGUGGAGAAUGCAGGAGAGCUUCCCCUGACGGUCAUGUUCAUGAAUAUAAACGGAUACAAGUGUCAGGGAUUUGGCUUUGAGGUGCUGCAGUGUCGCUCCUUCAGCCUCAACCACAACACCUCCGCGGAGAUCACCAUCGCGUUCACCCCAGACUUCACGUCGUCCUGGGUGAUCCGGGACCUGACUCUGGUGACGUCCCGUGGAACUUCUUUUCCUUUCACCCUCAACGUGACCCUGCCGCACCACAUGUUGCCUCUCUGUGCUCAGGUGGUUCCCGGCCCGAGCUGGGAGGAAACCUUCUGGGUGAUCACCCUCAUCUUCACAUGCUUCUCGCUCUUCGGUGUUUGUCUGAUGGCGUUCCAUCAGGCUCAGUACAUCUUGACUGAGUUUUUCACACCCAGCAUCAGAAGCAACCACAACUCGAUCCUGUCCCGGGACAAUGGCUCUGUCAACAAUAUAACACCCAAUGGAGUGAAUAAAACAAAGGGAAGUUGUAAGAGCUACGUGGACACGUGUCACACCUCUGACAAAGGCAAGGGCCGUGGCUCUCCUGCCUUGGCAAACAGCCCCACCCAGCGUCCUCAGUCCUCGAAGAAAACCACCGCGACCACCCCAUCCCAAACCACAAAGAAACACAAAGUUUCGCUUUAUUACUCCAAAUACAAGCCCAGCUCGUCUGCAGCAGGUGGCGCUGUGACAGUGGAUGAAGAGCACGAAGACCUGACCCCAGACGCUCCUCUGACCCCGGACUCUGACGUCUGCAACAACAACGAACCAGCUUUCACCCCCGAGCUGGAUAAAAAGAAACCCGCAGACUUUAAAGAGGAGCCCCACAGCCCUAUAGAAGAUCGAGCCCCAGCAGUUAUGUUUCCCGUGGAAAUGCCUGCUGGUUUCCCACACAACGUCACACUGAGUCCAGGACCUAGACCAGGUCUGAUAGUGUGUAGUCCUGUUGAGAAGAGCUGCACUGAGCGCUAUGCAGAGAAGAUCACCUCUGACAAAAGGGACAGCUCAGAACUGGAGCUGAGAGAAGAAACCAAAGGCCAGAAAAAGAAAGCACAGAGCAUUGAGACUGGCACUGCACUCGGGAAUAAUAAGGGAAAGAGGAACCGCAGGAAGACAGAAGCUGUCUCCAGCGCUCCGGAGCACAACAUGCUAGUGAUGCCAGAGAGGGAAAAGGAACCUGAGUGGAAAACAGGAGAGCGAAUCGUCAGCGCGCCUCGGAACAGGAACCGCUGCUGCAACAGCUCCAAGCCAGAAGCACCAAAACCUGGUCAUAGUGCCGAAAACCCCCUGAAACCAAACGGUGUGUGCCCUGCCCGCCCGAGGAGAAAGAUUGCCACAGAGCGACGCGCCGGUGGAGUGUGCGAGUCGGGCUCGGACUCCGGGAGCUCAUCAGGCAGCGUGAGGGCCAGCAGGGGGAGCUGGGGCAGCUGGAGCAGCGCCAGCAGCAUGGAGGGAGACAAGGACCCCGGCUCCAGGACCCACGCCUGCACUACCUCAUCGAGAAAAAGGGACUCCAUGCAGUACAACGUCCACCCAGUGGAGAGAGACUGCUACCAGAACAUGAAUACUAACUACAAGGCUCAAAGCAUGAACAACUUGUACCGUAAAGACAUGUGCCAAAGCUCCGACCCCCCAGCCUCCAGCUUUGUUCCCAGUUUUGCUUCUGUUGCUGCAGGAGUGGAAAGAAACAUGGACCUGAGCAAUCAGUAUCUACCUGAGGAGACGUGGUCGGCUCCGUCCAUACCUCUCACCACUGAGUUCAGAUACAACACCACUGAGGCGCUGCCCUACAUACCUCGGCCACCCCCCAGCAGACCGUAUAAUGGGUUUACUUGGAAUAGUGCAAACACCCAGUGCAACAACCCCUACCCCUACUGCGAGGAAACCAACUUCAUAGGAAAUGGAACUUUUCCAGGUGGUUUUCCCGCCCAGGAGGUUCAGAACUCACAGAGCAACCAGACGUGCUGGACCGAGGAGCAGCCACAGGAAUCCCCCUCAACCUGGGACACGGCCGCCUGUGUGGGCAGCAAGCCGUACUUCUCGGGCACCCGCAGCCUCUCCCCCAUGUCCAGCCUGUUCGGAUCCAUCUGGACGCCGCAGAGCGAGCCCUACCAGAGCCACUUCCAGCCGGAGAGGUCGGCCCCGAUGUCCCCCGUGUCCCCCAUCACCCCCCCGCACUCUCCCUUCACCCGGGAGCCGGAGGUGACCUGCAGACCGAUGCAGUACUCCAGCUUCCACCCGUUCGGCCCGCACAUGAACCUCGACAUAUGGAACUCUUCCUCCAACCGCAGCUCCAACUCACAGCUCUCCAACGACUCCGGCUACUGUGGAGACGUUUAAAAGCAACGGCAGACCUUAAAACAAUAUUGGCAAACGUAUAAAAAAAACAAAAAACAUUGAUAUGUAAAAGAAAGGAAAUAAAAAUGAAUGUUCUUUUAUCAAUAUUGGGGAAAAUGUGAAUAUUUCUUUUCUUUUAUGUUCCCAUUUUCAAAUGUUUAAUGUUGUGAAAGGUUAACCAUUUGUUGUAUAUUUUUCUAGAUGUUUUGCAGUUUUGAUCAUAGAAAAUAAAAAAAAAGGUUUUGUACUUGAA